AAACAGCGCAUGCGCCGCGGCAGCUGACCGUUAACGCGGGUUGUUGUUGCUGUAGCAGUAAAACACCUGUAACUGUAACCUGCUCCGGGGUUUCCCGGGUUUCCAGGUGUUUCCAGGGUUUCCAGGGGUUUCCAGGGGUUUCCCGGGUUUCCAGGUGUUUCCAGGGUUUCCAGGGGUUUCCAGGGGUUUCCCGGGUUUCCAGGUGUUUCCAGGUGAUUCCAGGGGUUUCCAGGUGAUUCCAGGGGGUUCCAGGUGAACUCUCUUCACCGGAACAGCCGGACCUGCUCGGGCCCGCGGGAACUUCAUACCCGGUCACUUUAUCCGCCCAGUCGGAGCAGACGUUGGAAAACAGGAGCUAACUGUGGCUAAAGCUGCAGCAGGACGAUGGCUCCAGAGUCCCGGAAGGACGAGUCCCCCGAGGACGGGAUGUCCCUGGAAGACGCUCUCUGUCCCGUCUGCCUGGAGAUUUACCUGGAACCGGUCACGCUGCCCUGCACACACACCUUCUGCAAGGACUGCUUCCUGGAGUCCGUGGACAAGUCCACCCUGUGCUGUCCUCUGUGCAGGAAACGGGUCUCCACCUGGGCCCGGAUCCACAGCAGGAACCGGACCCUGGUGAACCAGAACCUCUGGGACCGGAUCCAGACCCGCUUCCCCCUGCAGUGUCAGCGCCGGCUGAGCGGCCAGGAGGCCGACGAGGACGCCCGGAGACCAGCUUGUGUUCCCAGGGUGAGCCUGCCCGGAGAGCUGAGGAGAGAAUACGAGGAUCAGGUGACCAAAUUGCAGCAGGAGCAGCAGCACAUGCUGCAGGACCAGCAGAAAGCCAGCGAGGAGCUGAUCCAGAAACUCCUCCAGGAGGAAGAUCAGCUGCUGGAGGACGAGAGGAAGAGGAGGGAGGAAGACGAGCAGCUGGCCCAACGGCUCAGUGAUGAACUGAACCCUCCUCCUCCUCCUCCUCCUCCGUGUCCGGAGACGCUGCGUCUGGUGGAGGUGAAGAAGAAGAAGGAGGUGACGAUCGGCCAGAUGGACCGGUUCCUGAUUCCUCGAGCUCCUCGAGCUCCGUCCCUCCCCCGGCUGGACUACUACGGCCCCCAGCUGGAGGUGGAGGUCAGCCUGGGGGCCGUGGAGGUGCACCUGGGGAAUCACCUGGUCCCUCAGGUGGGGGAGGAGGUGCACCUGGGGAAUCACCUGGUCCCUCAGGUGGGGGAGGAGGUGCACCUGGGGAAUCACCUGGUCCCUCAGGUGGGGGAGGAGGUCUGCCUGGGGGAGCAGGAGGAGGAGGAGGAGGUUCACCUGGGGGGUCACCUGAUCUCCACCAAGAGGAAGACCUGGGAGUCUCCGGAGGAGGAGCAGGGCGGAGCCUCCAAGCGGCUGCUGAUGCUCCGCUCCUCGGAGGAGCAGGAGGACCGGCGUCUGCAGGAGAGACUCCAGCAGGAGCAGCUGCAGCUGCAGGACCAGGAGCAGCUGCAGGACCAGGAGCAGCUGCAGCAGCAGAAACAGCUGCAGAGGCAGCAGCAGGAGCAGGCAGGCCUGCAGGAGGAGCUACAGCAGGUGCAGCUGCAGAGGCAGGACCAGGAGCAGGCGGACCUGCGUCUGGCUCAGCUGCUGCAGAAGCAGCUGAACCGGGAGGAGAGACAGAAGGCCACGGACCGGAGGAAAGGUUCCUCCGACGCCUACCUGCUCCGGCACAAGCAGGGAAGCUCACGCCUCCACGGCGCCAGGACCUCCAGGAGGUCCUCGUCCUCCUCCCUGUCCUCCUCCUCCUCCUCCUCCUCUUCUCCCUCCUCUUCCUCCUCUUCCUCCUCCUCCUCCCCCUCCUCCAGGAGAGGCCGUAAACAGCUGACUCUCACCGACAUGUUCUCCAGUCUGAGCUGAAACUGCUGCUCAGAACAAAGACGGCCGUCAUGAUCAUGAACCAGAACCUGAACCUGAACCCCCUCAAACUGUUCUAGCAGCGACACGGUUCUCCAGGAUCUCCAGGCUCUCCAGGUCCUCCAGGUCCUCCA